CCCGCGCGGUCCGUCCCGCCUCAGUCCUGAGCAGAAGAGAAGAAGCGGCGUGGGGGCUCUGCGUCUGCGGUAGCUGCUCCUCAACCCCGGAAGGGAAUCUUAAUUCCUACAAGCCCCGUCUUCCCCGUGGUUGGUUGCUUGCUCUCUAGUCUUUUACUUUUUGUUUGUGGUCGAUCGGGCCCCGCCUUGCUUGGAAAUGCUCGAAAUUGGACGACGUCCGACGCAUCCAUGUGUAGCUGGCCCCUCUCCUCGCUGCAAAUCUUCUUCCUGCUGGGCGUCAGGGCUGCGUGCCGAGCCGCGCUGGCCUGGUGGCAGCUGCUGAAGCUCGUCGUCAGCUUCCACGCCGGCCUCUUCCUGCAGUUUAUGCUCUGGGCGGUCGCUUUCCUCACCUUUCCCGUCCGGCUUCUCACUUGUUUGCAAAGGGAGCGCAAGUUAGAGCGGCUCCUCCAUGAGAUGCAAAUUCAGAUGGAUGCACUUGUUUGGGAGAGUAAGGAGCUUGAAGACAGAUUAGAGAUCGCAUACAAAGACCGAAACGUUAUGGAGGCGAUAUGUGAAGAGAUCGAAGAGGAUUAUGAGAAAGCUCUUGCUAGAAUCGAUCUAUUAGAAAACGAGAUGCAGGAUCUUAAAGAAGAGAAUAGGCGACUGGCUGAAGGCCGGGGUAAAUCCCUCUGGGAUGACAAAGCUCAUGACAGCGAGGAUAAGAAUGUACUCGACGCCCUUCCUCCUCGAAUUAAUUAUGAUCAGGACCCCUCUUCAUGGUCUGCCCCUAACAAGAGCGGUAUAAUUGUUGGAGAUCCAUGGGACGCUAGCGUAAAAGAUAAAUCUCCAAUGCAUGGCCCCUCGGUAGCGGCUGCCCAUCAAUUUUCUUCAGCUCCGCCAGCAGUUUCGAGGAACCUAACUGUGGAUGAGAUGUUCUUGCAGAGAGGGAGGGUUAUAGCGCUCUAUCGCAGUGUGUUCAGCGCGAUCUUAUCAGUUAUUGUCGGCAUGAUUGUGUGGGAAGCUGAGAGCCCCUGCCCGCAGCUGAUAGCUGCUCUGUUCUUUGUGGUGGGCAUGUCACUGUGCAGCGUGGUUCAGUUCUUCUUGACCAUAAAGAACAAGCCAGCUUCCGAUGCCGUAGCUUUGCUAUGCAUAAACUGGUUCAUACUCGGCACGCUGACGGCUCCUACCUUGCCUAGCAUUGCUGCCUUGUUCGUUCCGCUAGCCGACAGGCUUGCUAAGCGGGCGCUUAUCUGGUUAUGAAAGUAGUUAAGUGUGUUUAUUCAGCUGUUCUGUUGCAGGAAAUAUAUGUUUCUUUCUUUGUACUUUGUACAAAUGUAAAAAGAAACGUUAUUUGAGCAUACAACUUUUUGUUUGUUGAGUGUCGGCACAAGUAAAUUUCAGUUGUGUCUCACGUUUUUCUA